CCCUGUUUCCGCAACCACACACAUACCGGUGCGUCUCUAAACUGCAACCAUGGCGUUCAAAUAGCCAGACACCCGCUUGUUGACAGCAAGUGUCAGCAGUCUCGCUAUCUUGAACCCCCAGGGCUUCUCCGCGGGGUGACUCUCGCGCCCACCUCCAACGCCAUCGCGAGCAGCACUUCGAGUAUGCACGCAUGUCCUCCAUGGCGAUUCCAAAGGUUGUGCCUGCGCAGCUGUCCUUCCUCGCCAUCUACAAUCCCUCGUUAGGCAGCUCAGACGAAACGUUCCACCAGCAGAUCGUCUUCUACUACUCCAAAGCCGCCAAAACACUCUCGAAGCUGAACAAGGGAGACAAACAGAAAGAGCAGGAGCUGCGUGAGGAGGAGAAUGAGAAGCUACGGCAAGUCGGGCUCGCGCAGGGCAUGGUUGGCUUUGCAAAGAGCUUCUCCAAUGGGGCUGCCGUCGACUCAGUAGAGACACAUAAAUCGCGCAUUGUGCUUCAUGAGCUUGAAGGUGGCUGGUGGAUACUUGCUUCCAUCGAUCUCACCCAGCUCCCCGCCGCCACCGAUGCCCCUCGAACAGAGAAAGGUAGCAAAGCCACAGAGCCAGCCAUCGAAUACUCCUCGCGCGAAGUCAGCCCCCCUGCGCUCCUAAUCCAGCAGCUUAUCCGCGCUCAAUCCGUUUUCCUUCUUCACCAUGGCUUGACGCUUGGAGACAUGUUCGCGAAGCACGGCCGCACAAAGUUCUGCAGCAUCCUCGAGAAGUACUGGUCCCGCUUUGCGAGCAACUGGGAUGUCCUCCUGCACGGAAGCCCUGCUGUAGACAUAUACGGUGGCAUGAAACUGGCAGCAGGCGGCGAGCUAGGCAUGGGGGUUGGGGAAGAAGAGUGGGGCAGCAGCGAGCGCGAUGUGCUUGAGGAUUUUUCGCGCAGAACAGAGGGCUUGGUCGACAUCAUGGUCUCGCGCUUCGGUGAGGCGUCCCCUCUCCAGCAGGCCAAAUCGUCGGUAGACCCGAAGACGCUCGAUGUAGCUGAAGUGAACCCCUGGCUUGGGAGUGGAAAGAACGUCCAUGCCGCAGAUGGCGUCGUCUUCUCUGGUCUGGGAGUGAUUAGUCGCAAGUCGCUAAGAGACCUGUCACAUUGGGUGGAGUCCAUCUACAGCCAUGGAGAGUAUGCGUACGGAGUAAAAGAGAACCCGACCGCUGACCGGAGAAAACGCCGACGGAGGAACCCGAAUCCAGAGACAGAGGUCUCAGCACUGAGAGCGCCUGAUGCUACGCCUGAUGCUACGCCGCAAGACAGGCCACAGCUAGCUCCCUCGCAGUCUGGGUCUGGUCUGCCUCCCGGCAUACCACCUCCGAUCGUCAAAGCGGCUGAAAGCUCUCUGGACAGGGCUUCUGCUGCUGUCGAAACAGCCAAUGCCCGUGAUGGGAAUUCGUCGAAAGAAGAUUCGAAACCAAUGCUUGCGUCUUUGGGUGAUACCGAGAUGUGGAUGAAGUACAUGACACUUGGCUAUGGCACAGCAUGGGGUGGCAAAAGGACCAUGGAAGAGACUCAGCCUGCCGUAGAGCAACCUACACCGAGAAGGACACCAUCGCCGCAAGCCAUGCGUUACGUUGAGCCAGCUCCAGACGUGGAUCUGGCCGAAGAGAAGCGCAGGCUACAGAUUCAGCAAGAGAACGAUGGUUACUUCGUCAUCGGAUCAAAGGGCGAUAUGCUUGACGUGGGUGUAGACGAUGAGAAUGAUCAUGGCAGCUGGAACAAUCGCAUCGCGCUUCGGACGAUACAUGUCGAAGUGGAUCGCCCCGAGGGUUCCUCGAUGGGUUCCUUGCUGGCGCCCAGCCUUGACUCGGACCAAACACCAUCAUACGAGAGGAGUUUGGGCGUCAAACAUAGGACAACAAGUAAACUCUUCCGGCUACAGCCUAUAGUCUACGUGCAUCGCCCCUUCAUUUACACCUUCAUGUUUCGUCAGCGGACGGACGCCCUUGCCAUCGCCUCGUUCUACCGAGAUAUACACAAUUUCUUCUCCCCACUUCAUCGCUCGCUUGACAGGAACACAUCGCCAAACAGGGUCGCCGCUCGGCUAUCAGCCGCGUCCAACCCAUAUACCACCAUGUCCUCCACAAAGGGCGCAGAUCCGAAUACGCAGCCAAUCUACGACCUCGUCUAUGAUCCUCGCACCUUCACAGUUCAUUCCAGUGUCCCGAACAUUCCGGAUCCAGGAACACUCAUCGCCGCAGGCCUCAGCAGCAGCAGUAAAAACGCAUUGGGCUGGAGUCGAGUGGAAGCACUCAACGUCCACUCCCAGAUACUAGCUACGGUAGCGAGCACGCGCCGCAACCUCUCUGAAGUAGAACGGACAUGCAAAACAAGUCGCGGUUGGUGGGUCGUGUGGAUGCGCUUGCCACCUUCACGCGCCAGUGACGAAGCACUCCAAUCUCAAGCCUCCCACCACUCUUCAGUACAGUUCAAUACCGAUGAGCUCCGUGAAGCAUUCCUAGUCAGACGGGCGAGAGACUCGUCGGCCAUGACGACGAAGAGCUCCAGCAGCCGGUUUGCAAGUGGGAUGUGGAGUGGCCUGGGAAUGGGGAGUGUUGGGCAGACUCAGAGGAUGGGCGGCUCGGCUGCAGGAUGGGGGCCGAAAGGGUUGGCGGAGGGGAUUGGGAUUGAUGCUCGGAAGUACGUCGAGGAGCUUUUGAGCUUGAACAGAUGAUAUCUCUCUGGGCAUAAAAUGCUUAGUUCAUUUUGAACAGGAAUGAGCCAGGAAUUUCUAGACGAAAUAGAAGAUAGAACAAGCUGAAUACACAUAUCCAAUAUUUUUUAUAACACC